AUGUCGAGCGGUCUUGUCAUUGGAAUUUUUUGGACUUUAUUGUGGUCAAUAUUAGUUGCAGGAGAUUUUCACUUGCAAAAUGUGAUUUGCGAGUCCUUGGACACCACGAUUACGAAUUUUAGCCGCUGCGAGAUGAAGUUCAUUCGACGGGGCGUGACUGCCUUCUAUAUGGUUUGGAAAGUAUUCAAAGUGCCAAUCAACAAGGUGGACAUAAAUGUGUCAUUGUACAAGAAAUCAAACGGAUAUCGACCAUUUCUCUUUAACCAGACCCUGGAUUUUUGUUACUAUAUGCGGAAUCCCCAAGCGCAUCCAUUGAUAUACAUGAUGCAUAAAGUAUUUAUACAAGCAUCCAACAUAAAUCACACCUGUCCGUAUAAUCACGAUGUGAUUAUAAAUGAGUUUAUGUACAAGGAGAACGACUUGAAAGAUCUGCCAAUACCAAAUGGUGAAUACAUGAUUAGAUUGAAAGUCGCAUUAGACAAGGAGUAUCGAACAUCCAUCAAGAUUUACGCAAAAAGAAAGGACUGA